UGAAUUGAACAUAAAUAAAAAAUGCAAGAUGUUUUGCAUCGUGACAGAUGAUAAAUGCAUGUGUCAUAUUGAAAUGAAUCAUUUUGAAGAGGAAGGCAAAAAUAAAUGAUAAUAUUUAUUUUUUACAUAUGCCGACGUUUCGACCUGAAGUUCAGGCCUUCAUCAGGGCU